AUGCGCCCUCGGUCACGUGCUCCGCCACCUGCUCGCCUGUCUGUCUAUCGUUUGCUUAUUCCUCUUGCUGGCCUGUUAGUCUUUGCGCCUAGUUGUCGGCCUGUGAGUCCAUUACACUGUGUACUUGUUCAGCGGGCCAGAGGCGGGGAUCUGAUCGGCAGAUCAACAGUCGGGGCCCCAAAAGCGAGCAGGGUUGGCGGAAAGGGCAAUUUUCUGUUUGGAUGUCUAUAUGUGUGUGUGUGCUUUUUCUUCACCUCAAACGCGACAGACAAAGGCUGUCAACGGCCGACACAGCGACAAAUCGGUUAUCGUUUGAGUAGACGAGUGUGCGUGUGUAGAGGGAGAGAAAGAGUGAGACAGUUCGGCUGUGAAGUGAGGGCCUCCGGCGGCAGCGGCCGAGUCGCGGCUGUGCCUCGACGCGACUGGCAGCAGCGACGACGUCGGCAGUCGGUCUGUCGGUCUGUCAGUCUGUCGGUCGGUCGAUCGGUCGGUGGCGCUGAGCUGACGGGCCGUCGUGAUUGGCUGGCGAGCCGGCGCGGCUUUGGCUGCAGCAGCGGCGUGGCGUCGUGGCGAGUCGGGCCCGACUUUGCGUGA